AUGCUGAAGGCGAUGCUCUUGCUGGUCGUGGGCGGCGCGGCGCUGGCGGGACCGCAACGCUCCACGGUCGAGGUGUUCAAGAGUGUGUCCCACCCGCAGAGCCACAUCGACGCCCACGCGGAGGCCAAGGAGGCCUUCCGCAACUCGGACACCUUCUCUGCGCUGGACGCGGCCGGCGCGCAGUUCUUCCAGAUGCUGGGGAACUUCGCCUCCUCCAUCAGCAGGGCCGUUUCCGACUCCAUGGAGCGAGCAAGACAGACGACGACAUCUCGAGCUUCGUUCUGCAGCAGCGGGGAUUCCGGAUUUACCGUAGUAAAGAGCUUCAACAAGAAAGUUAUUCCCCACAGUUCACAUCAUUAGGACUGGCGUUUUACAGUAAAUAUAUGCUCGAAGCAAGGCUCUUGCGAACAACGUCCCCAAUCAGAGGGUUUUGUGAUGACGUCAUCGGUUAAGACGCACCCCCUCGUCGUAUAAUGCAGAGCCAAUCAGCGGCCGAUUAUGAGCUCUCGUUAUCUCGACCAGCCAUCCGCCAGUCGGGAUACGUCACGACCAAUCGUUUUCCUAGAAUUCUGUGUCUUUGGCUGUUGCUUCUGAACGGAGAUUGAUAUUCGCCAACAUUUUUUGGGGGUGGGGGGUUAAGGCUUAUUGUGAUUAUUUUUAUUUCUAAUGUCGUAUCAUAUACUAUAGAGAUUUUAUGUCUUUUGUACAUUUAUUGUCAGGAGCAAAAUAAGGAAAAAAUGAAGAAAAAUACAUUUUUUCAAACAAUUAUAAGAUCAAAAGAAUACAAUACAUAUGAAAUUGA